AUGAAAUCACAAAAGUGAAAUCUUUUCCAGAGUUUAAAAACCUGGCGCUAACGUAAACCUUUGGGCAAACAUCAUUAAAAGUUGUUGUUUUUUUUUGGCAAUAAGUUUCCGUUUUAUUGGCCAUUAUGAAGCAGUUGUUCAAUAUAAUACACUGUGUUCAUUUGAAUGGGCAUGUACGCUCCAUUUAUGAUAAUUUAAAUACCGAUGUUUGUGGCAUUGACCGUGUGAGGCGUGUUUUUACGUGUUUGAGCAUUUUUCUGCUACUUUCCGGAUGGAUAUUUGUUUGGAAACGAUAUAAAAAAUGCCAUAAAACAUUACUAAUGUUUCAUAAUGGACGCGCGGCGAUAUCCCUGCUCCUUCUGGCUGUGAAUAGUUUCGAACUGGCCAGGCUGUGUCUUCCACUGCAAAGCGUUCAUCGACUUAACCAUCUGUUCCAGUCCAGUCCAAGGGAUCUUAACUAUUUGGUUGUAAUUGGUUCGGGAGAAGUAUGGAAUGCACUUUUCUCUACACUCUUGACUCUUAAGCUAAUGCUCUAUCAUCGGAUUGUGGAGGGGAAGAAGGCUACAGUAUUUUUAUAUGCCAGUACUGCGGUGGAGGUAUUGUCCUUUGCCCUGCUCUCAAAUGAGUUCUUUGAGUUGGGACGCUACGAGGAUUUGGUGGAGUUGCAGACGUGCCUUGUGGGUAUGUCUGCCAUGUGCAUGGUAUCCUUGGCUUUAAUGGACGGCUUUACUAUAUAUAAGGAAUGCUAUCACGAUGACUAUCUGGAUGACUAUGGAAAAAUAGGAUACAAGCACACCCUCGCCACAUUCUAUUCUAAGUCCUGUUUUUGGUGGCUAACACCUCUGCUGUGGCUGGGCUACAAGGAACCACUGGAGCUAGAGGAUUUAGGUCAAAUGAAACUGGAGGAUAGUGCUCGAUCCCAUUAUGACCACUUUCUGUAUAUUUAUACCGAAAAGAAGAAAAAAUCAAAUUCAUCGCCAUCCCUUUGGUAUUGCUAUAUAAAAAAUAGUUGGCAAAUGUUUGCCCUCGGCGGCAUUUUAAAACUUGCCGGUGAUUUAUUCGCUCUGAUUGGUCCGCUAGCCAUACAAAAAAUAGUAGAAUAUAUCGAAAAACUUUAUACCCAGGCUUCAAUGCCAAAAGAACCGGACGAGGAGUCCGUUCUACUGUCCACCUCCAGAGUCCUAAGCACCGAAUACGAUGAAGUCUAUGGCACAAAUAUCGAUAGAGUGAGAAUUUACAGUAGCACCUGGUCGGAUCUUCUGGGGAAUGGUUGGUGCAUCGCCUGGAUUGUCCUGUUGGCCGCAAUCACACAAGGCGCCUUCUCGCAGGCCUCCACGCACAUUCUCAACAUGACUGGCAUCAGGAUUAAAACGUCUCUGCAGGGUCUAAUUUAUAGAAAAAGUUUGCUUCUAAAUGCGGGUGGUGGGUGUGAAGGCAACGAUUCUCCGGGAGAAGUUCACUCAACUUUCAUUUCCACGGCUGAAAAACCAAAAAACGAUGAUUCCAAGCCAAAAUUAGAAAAUGUGGACAAUUUAAGCGAACCAAUCGUCACCAAUGACAUCGGCAGUAUUACCAAUCAUAUGACCGAGGACACCCUCAAUAUUAUGGAAUUCUUCUUGAUCAUCCACUAUGCCUGGGCCAUUCCAUUUAAGAUAGCUGUGGUUAUAUAUCUAUUAUAUGUUAAUUUGGGUAUCAGUGCAGUUAUUGGAUCCAUUGUCUGUAUAGUUAUAAUGACGCCCCUGCAGUUUAUAAUUGGAAACGCCAUGUCCAAGAAUGCAGAAGUUAUAGCCAGAUAUACAGAUGAGCGAUUGAAGAAAAUACACGAUACCCUAGUUGGGAUCAAAAUCAUCAAACUAAAUGCCUGGGAUGAGGUAUUUCUCAAAAAGAUACAAGCGGCGCGAAAAAAGGAGCUUAAGUAUCUCAAUAAGGAUGCCACAUUUUGGACCCUGAUGGCUUUACUUACACACAUCGCCACCGUAUUGAUUACCUUUGUUACCCUAGGAGUGUAUGUUUGGUUACAUCAAGAUCAAGACUUCGACUUGAAUGCUAGUCGUCUGUUUUCCUCAUUGGCACUUUUCCAGCAGCUUACAGUACCUUUGUUGAUUUUUCCUAUAACAGUACCCAUCAUAAUAGCAGCCAGGGUAUCAACUCGUCGUUUGGAGAGGUUCCUCAAGUCAAGCGAAAUCCAAAAACAAUUCGAGGGUAUUCGGAAUAUGGCAAGGAUUUUGAGCAAGAGCGAUGCCUCUUUGGAUAUGUAUGAAACGCAAGAAAAAUCGAAUAUGACGAUGAGGACGGCUCAAGCGGAAAAUAUGCUAAAUGAAAAGCGGCUAGCGCAAAAGUCUCAAACUCCUGAAUUGCCAACUAAUUCCACUCCACUUCUGCAAAAUGCCGAGGAAUCUACGGGAGAUAUAACCUCAACCUCUGUCCAGGAAAUGGGUCACAAUAAACUAGUGCAACAGCGACGGGAAUUGCUAAGGAAUACUCCAUAUGUUGCCAUUCGGCCUCCAAAAUUACGUGGCAGUGUUGUGGAGAGACCUGUGGAAUUUUCAGUGAUUCGGGCCAGGAAUACGGAUAGUUGGCGACGGGAUUCUCUUCUGUUGAAAAUGCCCGAUGACAUUGCCGUCUCCAUCAACGAUGGACUCUUUACGUGGCAGCCACAAAGUCAAAUGCCAAUGGUGCAACUGCAUGUACCGGGAAUCACCGUUCCAAAGGGAAAACUUACCAUCGUCGUGGGCAAGAAUGGCAGUGGCAAGACAUCCCUUCUAUCGGCCCUUCUAAUGGAGAUGCCGCUCCUCGUGGGCAACAUGUUUUGGCACAAAACCUGCACCAUUUCCUACGUUUCCCAACAGCCCUGGCUUUUGAAUGACACCAUCCGUGAGAAUAUUCUUUUCGGGGAAGCCUUUCGCCCGAAACGUUAUGAUUUUGUACUGGAGGCCUGUGCCCUCAAAUCAGAUAUUGAGUUAAUGCCCAGAGGAGAUUUUACCAUAAUCGGAGAGCGUGGAAUCAAUAUUUCUGGUGGCCAAAGGCAGCGAAUUGCCAUAGCACGAGCUAUAUAUUCAUCGGCUAAUGUUGUUAUAAUGGACGACCCAUUGGCCUCUCUUGAUAAUGAGGUGGGCGAGCACAUCUUUCAACACUGCAUUCGUCAGAUGUUGCAAAAGUCAAAUCGAACUUUUAUCCUUGUGACACAACAAUUGCAACGCAUAAAGGAAGCUGAAUAUUUAAUUGCUAUAAAAGAUGGUCGUGUUGAAGCUUGUGGCAGCUAUGCAGAUAUUGAGCUGAUGCAUCCGAAAAUUACCGCCAAAUGGAACUCGAUUAUAGCAUUGGCCAAGGCCAAGAAGGAUAAUAUUGCACAAAAUCCAGUAGAACGAACAGCUGGUGAGCGCUGGAAAUUAUUGAGAAAUGUAAGUAAGCUAGGAUUACAGCGCUCGAUCUCGGUGACAAUGGAAUCGAAUGCUGGCUGUCAUGCAGAUGCCACUGAUGGCAGUGGCUGUAUAUCCGUGGCUAAUAUGCAGGCCAAUGUGGUCGAAGAAGAUGAGGAAGAUGACCAAGUAUCCGUGUCAUACCCCAUCAGCAGUGGAUCCUUCAGUCUGCAGCGCAAACGUUCCAGUAUUUACGGUUCCCGUCAUUUGAUGUACGAUGUUCCCCUGCCCAUCGACGAAUGUCAGGGAGAUGAUGUCAUCAUGCGUCCACGCCGCCGACAUACUCUAAGUCGUCGUGGCAGUCGGACAACCAAUUCCUGGCAUCGAUUGAGUGGUCUGAGCACUCUGACCGCAACUUCUGCAUCGAGUUCCACCAGCGGAGAUCCAUUGAACCGCAGUGUCUUGACCACCAGUUGCAGCAGCUAUGCGGAAAGUAGUGUUGAUGGCAACGAUUUGGCCACCGCAGCACCAGAACCUCGAGUUCAAUCCUGGCAGCCGCCACAGAAUGUCAGAAUAUCCCAUCAACCUCUGUCGCGAAAUGCCUCCUCACCACCAGCUAUUGAUGUGGCAAGUCCUGAAACUAAAAUGUCUGACGGUGCAAUGAAGUCUAAUAACAGCUUGGAGUGUCCUUUAGAUGACCACCAUGUUCGUGGCAGUUUUCAGCAGUUCCUGCGACGAAUGUCCAUGCGGCGUUCAAAUAAGCCAAAGAAUCAUCAUCACCCUUUGAGUGCUACAAACUCUAUUCUGAGCAUUUCCGAAGAAUCUCCUCCCAUUGUUCAUUUUCCUGCCACACUUCUAGCUACAGAUUCUUCUCAAAAUGCAAAGUCCAUUCAAAAUGAUUUGCUUCCAGAGGAAAAGCCCAAAAAGUGUGUAAAUAUUGACUCGAAGGAAACUACAAUAAAUUGCGCUGACAAUGGCGAAUCAGCAUCCGACAAAGAAUCGAGGGCAGACGUGACAACUUCGGCCGCCCAGGAGCGUAGUGAAGGACACGUGCUACUUUCGGCAGGUGGUGAAUCUGGGCGGGAUUCGUUGCCUUUGGCCAGAACAGCAAUUGAUACGGAACGCAAAUAUGGAAAAAUAUCGGACGACAUAUAUCUAAUGUACAUAAGAGCCGCCGGACUGCCCAUAAUCACCGUCUUUUUUAUCACCGCACUAAUUUGGCAGUGUUUGCGUGUCUACACGGACGUUUGGCUAAAGCAAUGGAGCGAUGUCCAUGGGAGUACCAAGGGCCUGGAUGAAAGCCGAGAGGAUCGUUCAGAGGUAGAGGACCACGAAGUCACGUACUAUUUUCGCAUGUAUGCUGCAAUUUCGUGUGUUUGUAUAAUAAUGGCCCUCGUAUCAACACCGGCCGGACAAUAUGCCGGCAUUAAUGCUCGUCGUAAUUUGCACGAUAAGCUGCUGCAAACGAUUUUGCAUAAAACGUUGCAUUUUUUCCAAGUGACGCCGCUCGGACGUAUUGUGAAUCGUUUCAGCAACGAUAUGGCCGUCAUUGAUAAGAAAAUUGCCGCUACUGGUCAACGGUUGCUGCAAUUAACUUUGCUCUGCCUGUCGGCAAUUGUUAUAAAUGUCACGAUUACCCCCUGGAUCUUGGUUGUCACCCUGCCGAUCUGCGGUGCUUACUAUAUCAUACAAAAGUUCUACAGGUGUUCAGCAAGAGAACUGCAACGCAUUGAGAACGCCACUAGCUCUCCUGUAAUAUCUCAUCUAUCGGAGACCAUUCAAGGAGUAACUACUAUUCGAGCAUUUAAUCAGCAAACUAGAUUCACAGAAAUUCUAUUCAAACGUCUGGAGGCCAACACCAUUGCCUAUGCAUUGUUAAACACUAGUCAUCGCUGGCUGGGAAUUUCUUUGGACUAUUUGGGUGGAUGCAUUGUUUUUGUGGCCACUGUGACGGCAUUGGUAAUGGCGAGCGUCAGUUGCAGGAACCACACGACGAGCCACCACGAGGCAUCCGAAACUUAUGCUGUCAAUAAAAGCUCCUCGGAACUGAGACCCUCGCCAUCCCUGGUGGGUCUGGCCAUAAACUACACGUUGUUGGUGCCGAUUUACCUUAAUUGGGUUGUAAAACUUUUGGCUGAUAUGGAGAUGUAUGCGGGCUCUGUUGAACGCAUCGCCCACUAUGCCCAGGGACAGGAUCCGGACUUGGUCUCGUCCGAUGAAGAUGUGAGCGGCGAAGUCGAUAGGUCGUCCCAGUCCCAGUCGAAUGCUGGUGACAAAGUUUACCCAGGCGCAACGACAGCUGCCGGUGAUGUUGAUGAAGAUGGAGACCAAGACCAAGACCAAGACCGAAAUGGUGAAGGAGAUGAAGUUGGGACACAGGAAGGACAUGAAAAUGGGGCUGAAGCCGGAGCAAAUGCUGAUAAAUUAAAUGCAGCAGGCAAUGCAACCGGCGACGGCAAUCACUUAAACUUCCACUUCCUCACGGCGACAGCUGGCGACAAGGUGGGGCAGGCGAAGACAAAGAUGUCGGUGAUUAAAGAUAAGCAACUGCCACCGCAGGACGAGAAGGUCGUCCUGUCAAAUGAGCCGGCCAGGAAGCUUGAACGCUAUCAAGGAGUUCCCAUUUCUUGGCCGCAAAGAGGUGAUAUUUUUUUCGACAAUGUCAGCCUGAGAUACGAAGGUCAGACAGAAAACGUCAUCAGCAAUCUAACAUUGAAAAUUCCUGCCGGUCAAAGGAUUGGCAUCUGUGGUCGCACCGGCAGUGGCAAAUCAUCCCUGGGGCUGUCCCUUUUCGGUGUUCUACAAACGACCAAAGGCCACAUUUACAUUGACGAUGUGGACAUCAAACGAAUCCGACCAGACGAGCUGCGAACCAGAUUGUCAAUAAUUCCGCAGGAUGUGCAUUUGUUCAAUGCAACCAUACGUGAAAAUCUUGAUCCACACGGCUACUUCCAGGACCUGCAAUUGUGGAAUUGCCUUGAGUUGGCUCAGCUGAGAGAUUUUGUCAACGGGCAUCUUCCUCUCGGUUUGGAUACGGUGAUAUGUGACGGCGGGGUCAAUCUGAGUGCUGGCCACCGGCAGUUGUUGUGCCUGGCACGUGCCAUAUUGCGGGGUUCCGUUUGCCUGGUCCUGGACGAGGCAACAAGUGCCCUGGACAGCAGCACGGAAAAUGCACUGCUCAAGGCUGCGGAUCUGGCUUUUCAGGGACGCACCAUCAUUACCAUUGCCCAUCGCCUGACAACUAUACUGGAUUAUGACCGCUUAAUUGUGCUGGACCAAGGGCGAAUCGUUGAAGAUGGCAAUCCCAGGGAGCUCCAACAGCUGCCGGGCUCUGUUUUUCGUGGCUUACUAGAAAAGGGGGCGAGCAAAUGGUAGUUUUUUCCUUCCUACUUUUUCUACAACAUCUGUGUCAUAUAGUGAUUCCUAAAUGUAUAUGUUCCGAAAAGCUUCUAUUUUUAUGUCUUAACAUAUCCAUUUAGUAUUUCGAAAACGAUGGCAAACAUUUUUGCUGAUUUUUGUAAUAUGUUUAAAGGGUUUUUUAUCUUUCUUAAAUGUAUUUCCAAGUAUUUUUUUCUAGUCAUGUUUAGUUUUUAUAAUAAGAGAGAAAGAGCUCUAUAUGUUUGACAAUAAAAAAGCCAACCAAAUUUGAAAGUUUUGUUUAAUU